GUUCCCAAAAGCGUACCCCGCGGGUCCCCCGUAGUCCCUCCUCCCUGCUCUUUAAUAAGAUCCCCUUCACGAUAUUUGCGUAGCAUAUGUACGGGUGAUAACAAUACUAAUAAUAGUAAUAUACUAAUAACAACAACAGCAACUCUGAGUGCGGCAUUUUUUGGUAAGCAUGAGCAUGAGCAUGAACAGCGGGGAGGCGAAGGAGUCAUCGGCGGCGGCGGCGGCGGCGGCCGUGGGGGGGAGGACGGCGCGGGCGUGCGAGGGUUGCCUGCGGAGGCGUGCGCGAUGGUUCUGCGUGGCGGACGACGCGUUCCUGUGCCAGGCGUGCGACACGGCCGUGCACUCCGCCAACCCCCUCGCACGCCGCCACCACCGCCUCCCCCUCCGCCUCCGCCCCCUCCCCCUCGCCGACCUCAAGCCCGCCUGGUUCACGCGCAAGGCCCGCACCCCCCGCGCCGCCCGCCGCCUCGUCCCCGAGCUGCUCGACUCAUCCUCCGCCGACGACGACGACGACGACCAGCUCCUCUACCGCGUCCCCAUCUUCGACCCCGCCCUCUCCGAAUUCUGCUCCCCUCCCCCGCCGCCGCCGAGCUGCGACGCCGCCGAGGACGCGGCGGCGGCGUCUUCGCUUACGCUGAAUAUUACGACGACUGCCGACGACUGCCUCGCCGGAUUCGGCACGUCCGACGCCGAGCUCACCGAAUUCGCCGCCGACAUGGAGUCGCUGCUCGGGAAUGGCGGCGGCGAGACCUCGCUCUGCUUGGAGACGCUCGGCCUCUCGGGCGGCUCCGGCGGUGAAAACUCUGGCUUAUCGGUGAAGGCCGAGAUGGACGACGAUGACGGCAGAAACGGCUCGGCUUGCGGUGUUGAAUUGGAGACGGAUGCGGAGAUGGUGGGCGUCAAUUUCGUCUGCGGGUCGCCGAUGGGGAUAGAGGAAGGCGACGACGAGAAGGCGGCGCCGAGCACUGAACAGAGAUCCUGGUUGAGGCUUGAUUACGAGGCGAUCAUCGCGUCGUGGGGCAGCUCCCCGUGGACCGACGGCGAACGCCCGCAGUUUAAGCUCGGCGACUGCUGGCCCGACUACACCGGGAUGUGGAUGAUCGGUGGAGGCUGCCGAGGCGGCGGACAUGGAGAAGAUGUAGGGCCGGGACGACUCGGCACGGACGGAGGGCGAGAGGCGAGAGUGAGCCGCUACAGGGAGAAGCGGAGGACGCGGCUGUUCUCGAAGAAGAUACGGUACGAGGUGCGCAAAUUGAAUGCGGAGAAGCGGCCGCGGAUGAAAGGCCGCUUCGUCAAGAGGGCGUGCUUCGCCGACGCCGCCGCGGGAGCCGUGUGUCUCAGUUGAGGAAGUCCUAGAGCUAUUAACCAGCUUAAGAAGCUCUCACCACUUCCUGCUGCUUAUGUUAAUUAAUUUACUAAUCAGGAAAGUUUCCAUUAAUUUUUUUUUAAAAUUUUCCUCCAUUUUUUCCAUCAGGGAUUCCUCUGAUGAUUAUGCAUGGGAGGCUGUAAGUUAGUGCUUGCUAAAUGGCGUGAAUAAUAAGCUAAUCUUACAUCUUUUUGUCACA